AUGCCAUUCGAUGUCGAAACCGUCCUCUCCCAAUUGACUGAGCAAGACAAGAUUGCCCUUCUCUCGGGAGCUGAUUUUUGGCAUACGCACUCUAUCCCCUCACACCAGGUCCCACCAAUUCGUCUCACUGAUGGCCCCAAUGGAAUCCGCGGGACCAAAUUCUUUGCCGGUGUCCCAGCGGCUUGUCUCCCCUGCGGAACGGCACUGGCCGCGACAUGGGAUGCCCCUCUCCUCGAGAGGGCUGGAGUCCUCCUAGCCAACGAAUGCAUCUCGAAGGGCGCACAUUGCUGGCUGGGACCCACAGUCAACAUCCCUCGAUCUCCGCUGGGUGGUCGGGGGUUCGAGUCCUUUUCCGAAGACCCACAUCUCAGCGGCAUUAUUGCCUCAGCGAUGAUCCGAGGAUGCGAGAGCAAGGGAAUCGUGUCUGCCGUGAAACAUUUUGUGUGCAAUGACCAGGAGCAUGAGAGACGGGCUGUGGAUGUUCUGGUCACCCCGCGGGCCUUGAGAGAGAUUUAUCUGAAGCCAUUUCAGAUCGUCGCCCGCGAUGCGAGGCCAGGGGCACUCAUGACAAGUUAUAACAAGAUUAACGGGAAGCACGUAGUGGAGAAUGAGAAGAUGUUGAAUGGACUGUUGCGAACUGAGUGGGAAUGGGAUCCUCUGAUCAUCAGCGACUGGUAUGGCACCUACUCCACCGUGGAUUCCCUGAAUGCGGGAAUGGAUCUAGAGAUGCCCGGGGUGUCGAGGUACCGCGGACGAUACCUUGAGUCGGCUUUACAGGCCCGAUUGGUAAAGGCUUCGACGGUAGACGAGCGUGCGCGCAGGGUCUUGUCGUUCGUGAAAUGCAUGUCAGAGGUCGAUGUGUCGAAAGUCGAGAAGGGAAGGGACUACCCUGAGGAUCGGGCAUUGAAUCGCGACGUGUGCGCCAGUGGAAUAGUACUGUUGAAGAAUGAUAAUGGUCUUCUGCCUUUGAAGAAAGAUGCGCAGACCAUCGCCCUGAUCGGAUCGCACGUCAUGGCGCCGUCUAUAUCGGGUGGAGGCAGUGCCUCCCUUCGCCCGUACUAUGCCGUGUCACUGUACGAAGCUGUACGAGAAGCCGUUCCCAACGCAAAGAUCAUCUGCGAAACCGGCGCAUAUGCACACAAGAUGAUGCCGGUUAUUGAGAGGUUGCUCAGCAAUGCGGUCAUCAAUUUUUACAAUUCUCCCGUGUCGGAUGUCGGACGCGAAUGUCUCCACAUAGAGCCGGUCAGCACCACCGGUUUUCAAUUUAUGGAUUUCCGCGCCCCAGGCCUGAAUCGCGAGUGCUUUUGGGCGACAUUAGUGGGCGAUUUCACCCCUGACGCGACGGGAAUCUGGGACUUCGGGCUGAGUGUGUUUGGAACAGCGAAUCUCUAUCUGGACGAUGAGUUGGUUAUAGACAAUACCAGCCAACAGACGAAAGGAACGUCGUUCUUUGGCAAAGGCACCGUUGAGGAGCGUGGAUCCAAGAUGCUUGAAGAUGGGCGAUCCUACAAAAUACGACUGGAAUUCGGUUCUGCCAACACUACAACAAUGAAGACCGUGGGAAUGGUGAACUUCGGCGGCGGUGCAGCCAAUCUGGGAGCCUCACUGCGGUUGACCCCCGAUGAUAUGCUUAAUUCUGCUGUGAAGGCCGCCAGUGAAGCGGAUUAUGCAAUCGUCUGUACUGGGUUGAACCCGGACUGGGAAUCAGAGGGAUUCGAUCGGGCAUCCAUGGAUCUUCCCCCGGGGGUGGACAAACUCAUCUCCAGUAUACUUGCUGUGGCGAAGAAUAAAACUGUCAUUGUCAAUCAUUCCGGGACGCCCGUCACUAUGCCGUGGGAGCCGCAAGCCCAAGCGAUUUUACAAGCCUGGUACGGGGGAAACGAAACUGGACAUGGCGUGGCAGAUAUCCUUUUCGGUAAUGUCAGCCCCAAUGUCAGACAUAAUCCAACCUAUCUAAAUUUUGGAAGUGUCGGAGGGCGAGUCCUCUACGGGGAAGAUAUCUACGUUGGCUAUCGCUUCUAUGACAAGACUCGAUGCUCUCCUCUUUUCCCCUUCGGGCAUGGGCUUUCCUAUACCACAUUCGAGGUAUCUCCAACCGUCGAGGUGGGCCCAGUGUCGCGUCUUACCAGCCUGCCAGCUGCGGCGCGAGUCUCCAUCAGAAACACUGGCCAUGCUCCUGGUUCCGAGGUUCUUCAGGUUUACGUGGCGGCGCCACAGCCCGAGACAGGGCGGCCGGAUAAGGAGUUGCACGGGUUCCAGAAGACGUUCCUCCAGCCGGGUGAAGAGCGUGCCGUCGAUAUCACAAUUGACCCCUACGCCACUAGUUUUUGGGACGAUAUUGAAGGCAAGUGGAAGAGUGAGGCAGGGGAGUAUGAGUUUCUCCAAGCCACAUUUCACGGGACCAAAAACGAGCACAUCCUUUCCCCGCACAAUCUGGUCUCCCGAAGGUCUAACCCUCAUGAUGGACACCUUGUCCGGAACAAAAAGACAUACCCGCGUGCUGACGGCGUGCGAGGCUUGUCGGCUCACAUAGAGACAUGGGGUUCCAAGAUUCUAAAAGCUUUUGAGCGCCAGGAGCGUCGUCUCGAAGACCACCUGCGGUCAUUAACACCCUGGGACAGCGAGAGUCCGGAAUCAAUAUCGAGAAAUGACACUUUGAAAACACCCAUCACAGGAUCGGACAUGAUCCUAAACUGGCCAAUAUUCCCCCCGGAGAAGCCUGUACCCACAUUUCCACCAACUGCAUUUGCGGAGAAGGAUGAUCAAUAUCACCCAGAUAUCCCAAAGGUUACUCCCCAUCGCAUCUGCGAAUUGCGCCUGAUAUUCAUGACCCGGAUCCGCACCAAGAAUCCCAUUGUUGAUGCCGAUCAGUUGGAUGAGUGUAUUGCGCGUGUACUGGAAAGCGGCUUUGACUGGUCUGUAUCUUCCUGCUUGGUCCUUCUGGUCUUCGCUCUAGCUGCGAUAUGGGGAAACUAUCCGGAGCCUGACGCGCGAGAGGCGACCUCUGGACACCUAACGCUGGAAGUGCCAAAACACCGCAUGAAAGAAUCCAUGGACUUCUUCUCAAUGGCACAAAAACGAAUGUCAUCAGCGUAUCUGGACGGGUCAGUCGUGGGAAUCCAGUGCUUCUGUCUUUUUGGAAUGUGGUAUCAAUACAACAUCGAACCUAUUGCAGGAUGGAAAGCAUUUCGCACGGCGUCGAUGUUGUGGCAGACUUAUCACUUGAGGCAUCGUGAUGGCGAAAUUCGUUACGAAUUGACCGAUCUUCCACCUUGCGAUCUAUCCCUGACGGACUACCCGUUCUCAUUGCCCAAUUUUCCCAACCACGACGCCGCCUCCCCAGGGCCACCGGACCAUGAGACGUUAUCCUCAUACUACUACUUAGCGGAAAUUUCCCUCCGUCGACUUCUAAAUCGUGUGCGCCACGCAGUUACUGUCCUGAGUCCCCCUAUUAGCCGGUCAGGAAUUCUCCAACUAUCAGACACACUGCACGACCUGGAAUACCAGCUCCAGCAAUGGGUCGAUUGUCUGCCUCCCGCAUUAUACUUCAACAAACCCCUUCUUGUAAAGCCCCCCAGCCACGAACCUGAACUGGUGAAGCUGGCGCGUGAGCGCUACGUCGAAGUCCGCGAACUCCUCUGCCGUGCGUACUUAUAUCUCUGCAUCCAUGUACCGCUUGACCAAGAUUUGCUCGGUCCCAUUGGGAAAAAGGCAAGCGAGGCUCUGCAGCUAUCAGUGUACCGAAUUGAGACUGAGCUACCGUUCUUUCGACAUCCGGGGUCGUGGGGAGCGUGUCGGGUUCGUUUCAACCACGCUCUCUGUCUGAUUGCUGCUUGGAGGGCAAAACGGCAGGGUGUGGUGGGUAUGGAGAAUGUCAGUUUGCCAGAUGAGUGGGCAACAUGUGUGAGGGUAGUUAUCGAGCGGUUGCGGGUCUGGGAAGCGGAGGGGGCGGGAAUUCGUGGGCUGAGACUUUUGCUCGAUUGGUUGAUGGGCUUAUAA